CAGUCUUUCAUGUGUCAUUUGACAAGUCGCUUGACGUGAGGUGGUUCAUACAGAACAACAGGGUGGCAGUGUUACCGUGUGUUUUAACAUAGGAUCGCAGGACGUUUAUGUAGCCUAGACCUUGCAUCUUGGUAAACGGAUGGAGUCGCUAACGAGAACGCUGGCGGUUUGCGGAGUGAGGACAGAUUUGAGUUUUCUCUUUUCUGAAGGCAGUCACUGCAUUGAGUGUGUCAAUCUGAGACUUGUGCCGGCAGAUAGCGCGAGUACGCAAUAUACCACGGAGAAGAACCUUCCAGUUGUGGAAUCGUUUCCCGUCUCGCCGUACACGAGCACCAACAUCUACUGUAGCUACGGUCCUCGCUGUUCGACACCGAGGAAGAACCGACAUACGAUGCCCUGGUCGAGACCCUGCAGUCCGCACAACAUGCAUUCGUUAGACAAACAUCUCCAGGAAGAAUCCCCCAGGACCGACAUGCCGGCAGUGAAAGGCAUUUUGACUUUACUCUUUUGUAUUGUGUACGCUGCUGUUCUCUUCAUCGCCGCGGCCAUUGGUUCUAGGCUGGUGACGUCAUUUAGUACUUCCGUUAAAUCAACGACAGGAUAUAAACUGGAAUCGUGGGAAUCGUCGGAAUGUAAGAAACACCAGUAUGUUAGACAAAGGACAGUUCGGUUUGGAAACUGAAACGAUUAGAUACCUUUUGUAUGUUUGUAACACAUUCGUAUUGGUGCUAUAUGUAGAUGGAUGCAUACUUGAUAUUCCGCCUCGUUCAAGGUGUACACGUUAACGGAGGACUACACGAAGUCUUUGUUUGGCAUCAUUUGCUGACUGCGCUAUUGACCAUUCCAAGUUUUGUAAUAGGGCAGCUUAUACUGGCGUGUAUCGGCUCGAUAGAUAUCAAUACACUAGUAGCGAUAUCAAUUAGCAGACUUUACAAAUACGAGUUUUUUAGUUAUCAGACUUUACAAAUACGAGUUUUUUAGUUGUCGGACUUUACAAAUACGAGUUUUUUAGUUAUCAGACGACUUUACAAACACGAGUUUUUUUGUUGUCGGACUUUACAAAUACGAGUUUCUGAGUUGCCAGACUUUACAAAUACGAGUUUCUGAGUUACCAGACUUUGCAAAUACGAGUUUCUGAGUUACCAGACUUUGCAAAUGUGAUUUAAAAAAAGACGAAAUCGUCCAGUAUGAUGAAAUAAACACUUGGCAUGUUUUGAUAAUGCAUUAGUUACAAAUGUCAUGAAUAUAAUUCUCUAUAGAAGGUUACAAGCGGCAGAAAUAAACACUUGGUAUGGUUUGAUAAUGCAUUAGUUACACAUGUCAAUGACAUGAAUAUAAUACUCUAUACAAGUUUACAAGCGGCACAACUGAUAAACUCGAGUUAUCUAAAGUUAUGCUAUUCUCCAAGAACUAGGACAGCUAGAGGCGAACACGAGAUGAGUUGCACACAAAUACAUUCUGUCACGAGUUGUCGAACUUCACAAAUGUGAAUGUCUAUAGAACUGUGAAACACGAAGAAAAUUGCCAGAGAAUUGUAAAUAAAGUUAAACAAAACACUGAUUCGUUGAAGAGUUAUUCAACUUUACCUAUGCAGUUCCAAAGAAGUACGAAACUGUGAGACAAACUUUUAAUGCGUGUUUUUGAAGUCGACUGUGACAGGUUUGAAGUCUGUAUGACGAAUGCAAGAUAUACUCUGGGAUUUCCAAACAUCAUUUGUCGAAACUGACCGUGUGAUAAUACCAUUGAUAUGUGUAUACUAUUUAUAAGUGCUGCUUUUCUGAACGACCCUGCAGUGUUGUUUGUAGAACUGUAUUCACCAACUCGAGUUUGAUUUGUUUAUUUUAUUUGUAUCCGGGCAUAAAAUUUGAUUUUUUUUUUAGACAAACGAUAUGUCGUUCGUGUGGUUUUAGUGGUUUUCUCCAGUGGUUCAGAUAAAAAUGAAAAGGUUAACCGGCAACGCUAAUCAAAUGAGAAUCUAAGAUGGGCGAUUUUCGUAGCUUUUCUCCAAAUUCUUAUCAUAAAUACUAAAUUAUUAUUAUUAUUUGGUAUGCUGGGAUUAACUUGAAAGCUGCCAUUUACAUUUCAGCACACUACCCUAUCGGUUCUGUUACAGGGGAGUACUUGUUGGCGCCAAACAAUAGUCUGAACGAAACGGGAAUUUCCCGGAAGCUUUGAGCUUCCGGGUCUGAACGGAAAGACCCGAAGUUCUGCGAAUCCUCAAUGGAUGCUGCAGCUCGGUGUUUCACCAUGUUCUAAUUUCCACUUCGUUAUUUUAAAGUCCCUUAUUGAACGUACUAUUUUCUUCGCUGUGCCGACUUUGUAAUUGACCGCGAUGUCGAGUUCAAACAGAUGCAUUGUUUUUAUCUCACACCUGCAAUGCUAGGCCCGUUCUCUUAUUAUUUUAUUCCAAACAUAGUUAUAUUAGCCAAAACAUGUCAGUUUACAUUUUCUGACGAGCGAUUAUAGUUUUUGCACGAACCAUCCGUCGUUCGUGUCGAUAAUGGUUUUGCAUAACCGACAGACGAACGACAGAAUCGUUCGUGCCAAAUUUUAUGCCCUGUUGUAUACAGUAUUAUCUUGUAUAAGAUUAUUACAUUUUUAUUUUAUGGAAGACAAGUUAAGCUGUCAUGUAGUAAACGUGGUUGCUUAACUUUUGUUUGCAAGUAUUACUUGGUUGUAAAAACAUUUUAGAAAAUUGAAAUGUCAUUCACAUUUUGUACACGUUUCCUUUUGGAGAGUGUUUUGUUUUGUUGAAGCAGUGUUUUUGUACAUAUUUAAUUCUGUGUAUGUUGGAUUAUUACGACGAUAUUACUCCUUACUUCACGUUAUGUAUUGCAUUAUUAAUACCCAUGGUGUGUGGUCUUCAGUUACGUGUACAGGGCAGAUAGAACGCGAUACUUGGGUGUGGUUUACGACUAGGUAUAGAAGACUAAUGGGUCAUUGUUAUUACGUCAUCGAACACGAGCAGUUCAAGCAGAUGUUGUGAGGUUUUAAUAAUUCACGGACGAUAGGGGAAUGUAGAGUUAAAAACGAUUUCUUGUUAAAGGCUGUGAAGUGACCCACAUUAUGUUUAACUGAAAGUCACUGAAAACAAGUGUAGUUUUUAUAAAACUGUUAAGUUAUUAAACGGAUACGGGACGAGAAAGGAUAGGGGAGGGGAGGAGGAGGGGGUCAAGAUGUAAUGAUAAGAAAUUGGUUUGAAUAUAAACAAGGGACAGUAUGGGAAAGAUUCGGUUCGCUUCCUAUAUCCUCCCUUAAUAGUGUUGUUAAAGGUUGUUCCUAAGCCAUCAGUAUGUGUGUAUGUUUGCCGCGUCUGUGUGUUAGCGCGCGUCGGUGCGUGGUGUGUGUGUGAGAGUGCGUGGUGUGUGUGUGAGAGUGCGUGGUGUGUGUGUGAGAGUGAAAGGUUGAAAAGUCGUUGAACAUCCUAUACUGAUCUCCAUUUUAAACGCAUCAGCCAGUUUUGUACUUACAACGCAUAGUACAUUCAACUGAUUUUGUAUGACUGUGUGUAUUCUGGUAGGAAAUAAAUAAACUGAAAUUGUAAAGGCCUACACGGGUUAGGAUUAUUGUGUGUUUUAUAGCAGCCUCGCCCAUGGGAUUGCCAUAGCAACAGAAAACUGGGUGAUGCGUUUUCAAUGGAGUUCAGUAUAUAUUUGCAUUUUUGUUACAAGUUGUUAAUAAAUCAUUGAACACGUUGGUUUUUAUUUGUGGCUGAGAAAAAUAAAUACGUAAAAUUCUA